AUGGCUUUGGAUCCGUCGAGCGCCUUCUCGGCCACCUCUGGGCUGGCAGACGACAAUGGCCUUCCGAUCUUCGAUGUGCAGCGUGUGCAAAUGCAAUUCUCCAUUGCGGCCAACUUUGUUGCUGCGCAAGUUGCCAACAACGUGCUUGUGCUUGCUCUCUCCAAUGGCCGCAUCCUCCGCAUUGACCUGAACCGUCCUGAAGACAUCGACGAUAUCGACCUUCCGAAACGUCCGUCCGAGAUCGGCGUCAUCGAGCGGCUCUUCCUCGACCCGACCGCCUCCCACCUUGUUAUCUGCACAUCGGCCGGCGAGUGCUACUACCUACACUCUCAAUCGCGCCAGCCGAAGCCUCUCGCGCGGCUGCGCGGCGUGCCUAUCCAGUCGAUUGCCUGGAACCCAUUGCUUCCCACGGCCUCAACCCGUGAGAUCCUCAUAGGUGCCGCCGACGGCAACAUCUACGAAUCGUUUUUGGAACCGUCCAACGACUUCUACCGCAAGGAAGACAAGUACAUCAAGAGCUUGGCGCGGCUACCAGAUGGUGCCAUUACUGGCCUCUGGGCCGAUGCCAUCCCAAGCCGCUCUGACCAGUUUCGGCGCGUGCUCGUAAGCACCUCCUCGAGGCUGUUGCACUGGGUCGGGAAGAUUGGCCGGGCGCAGGACGGCGGCGGCUCGGUGUACACAAAGCUUUUUGAAGCUGAGCAGCCGGUUAUUCAUGACCUUGCUUCCACUUCUUCCGGUGGGGUAGCUUCCACGGCCUCAACAACAGCAUCUUCCUCCUCAGCACCUGGAUCCUCUUUGUCGACAUCUACCACCUCCCUCGUCGUGUCGCCAGACCCAGAAACAGGCAGGCCCUAUGAGGCAGUAAGCCCUGAUCGGGCAUUCGCCUGGCUAUCGUCGCAUGGCGUUUACCACGGCAAGCUGCUCGUUGCUCCACCGAAACCCGAGCUCGGGACAAACGUAUUUGCCGAAUCGAAGCUGAUCCCGCGAUCCCAGCUGGUCGCUGGUUCCGAUGCAUCGAGCGCCGGCAGACGGCGAGUCACCAACGACCCGGUCGACACAAUUGCUCUGACGCAAUGGCAUGUGAUCAGCCUUGUGGCGGGUCGCAUUGUUGCUGCAAACCGCCUGACGGGCUCUGUGGUGUACGAUCAGGUGAUCCUUGACCCGGGCCAAAAGGCCAUUUCUCUGAGCGUAGACCUGCAAAAGAGUACUUUCUGGUUGUUCACGGCCAAGGAGAUCUUCGAGAUCGUUGUCCGCGAUGAGGAUCGCGAUAUCUGGAAAAUCAUGCUACAACUGCAACAGUUUGAUGCGGCGAUGCAAUAUGCACACAACCCAGCGCAGCGCGAUGCUGUGGCAACGGCGUCUGGGGACUACCUGAUUGGAAAGGGCCUCUUUGAUGAGGCAGCCGGUAUCUACGGCAAAAGCAGCAAACCAUUCGAGGAUGUGGCUCUGGCUUUGAUCGACCGCAACCAACCCGAUGCGUUGCGCAAGUAUCUUUUGACCAAACUCAGCACUUACAAGAAGCCGGGUGUCAUGCAACGGGUGAUGAUUGCUAGCUGGCUUGUGGAGAUUUUUAUGGCGAAACUCAACUCGCUGGACGACACUAUUGUCACAAAAGCCGAGCUGUCGGAGACACUGGACCCGGCACAGACGCGGGAGCAGCUCGAGCUGGUUCGGGACGAAUUCAAGGCAUUUGCGCGUAAGCACAAGGCCGACCUGGACCGCAAAACGGUCUACGAUAUCAUUAGCAGCCACGGCCGCGAGGAGGAACUCCUUUUUUUUGCUGAUGCCAUCAACGACUACAACUAUGUCCUGUCGUACUGGGUGCAGCGAGAGAAGUGGUCCGAGGCACUUGCGGUGCUGAAGCGACAGACUGACGCCGAUGCUUUUUACCGCUACAGCAGCGUGCUCAUGACGCAUGUGGCUACAGAGCUGGUCGACGUGCUGAUGCGCCAGGGCAACAGCAUUAAUCCACGCAGUAUGAUACCGGCACUGCUGGACUACGACAGUUCCUUCAAGGGCCCGCUCGCGCAAAACCAAGCGAUCCGCUACCUGCAGUACGUCAUCAACCAGCUGCACUCGACGGACGCGGCCGUGCACAAUACGAUUGUGUCGAUGUACGCGUCUCUUCCGUCGCGCGACGAGGCGGCACUGCUGUCGUACCUGGAGUCACAGGGCGAUGAGCCUCGGUUCGACCCGGACUUUGCGCUGCGGUUGUGCAUCCAGUACAAGCGCGUGCUCUCGUGUGUGCACAUCUACACGAGCAUGGGCCAAUAUGUGCAAGCCGUGGACCUGGCACUGUCGCAUGAUGCCGUCGAGCUGGCGUCCGUCGUUGCAGAUCGGCCGAUGGACAACACGGCACUCCGCAAAAAGCUCUGGUUGGCGGUGGCGCGCAAAGUCAUCUCGCAGCAGUCGAACGGUGGCAUCAAGGCCGCGAUUGACUUUUUGAAGCGUUGUGACCUGCUCAAGAUUGAGGAUCUGAUCCCCUUCUUCCCCGACUUUGUUGUCAUCGACGAUUUCAAAGAGGAGAUUUGUGCCGCGCUUGAGGACUAUAGUCGCGAGAUUGACGGGUUGAAAAAAGAAAUGGACGACAGCAGCCAGACGGCGGCCAACAUCAAGGUAGACAUUGCGGCACUGGACCACCGGUACGCCAUUGUGGAGCCCGGUGAGAAGUGCUACGUCUGCGGGCUGCCGCUGCUAAGCCGCCAGUUCUUUGUGUUCCCCUGCCAGCACGCAUUCCAUUCGGACUGCUUGGGACGCCGGGUGCUGGAACAGUCGAGCCAUGGCGUUGGACGUAAGAUCCGCGAUCUGCAGGUCCAGAUCACGAAAGGCUUGGUGACGGGCCCUAAGAAGGAUGCUAUGGUGGCCGAGCUGGAUGCGCUGGUUGCGUCUGCAUGCGACUUUGCCAUCAAAAAGAUCAGCGAGCCCUUUAUUCGACCCGAUGAGAACAAGAAUGAGUGGGUGUUAUAG